AUUUCUUCUUCUCCAUCGACUGUCACACCUACUGGACAGGUGCAUAGGCCAGGCUCCUCAAGUGUUUUAUGUCAAGAUUCAAUGGAAAGAAGUUGUCCUACAAUUCUAGAGCCCUCCACUCAACCAAUCACAGGCGCAUCCACUAUUAUAUCUAAUGCCCUUGGACCCACUGCAACUUCUUCUCUUCCAAUAGCUUCAGAUGACCAUUCACAACUGCACGACGACACCACAGUUCAUGCACAAGAUGCCACAGCUUCCAAAGGUGUCCCUCCUCCUCAAUCCUUAACUGGAAGUCUCUAUGUUCAGCUUCCCCUUGGUGCUCCACCCUCUCCUAUUGAGCAGUCAUCUGACCAUUUAUCCAACGACAUCUUCACUAUAGCAAUACCGAAAGCUGCGUUUCAGACUCUUAGGCUCAAGCUUGGUGUGCUACCUCCACCACCCUUAAGCUUGCAAGGGAGUGAUAAGACAAAGUUUAAUGAUAAUGCCAAUCUGAUCAUAAUUCCAAGUCCCAUGAUAAUGUCGUAUUCAAGUAUCAUGCUAAUACUUUGGCACUUCAGUAGUUUGAUAAGAAUGAUUUAUUUAGUUGAUGAUCAUGAUUACUAG